AUGUGUCCUCUUUGGAUACUUUUCAUACUAAUCAUCAAACCGAGUACUGCUGGUCUUAAUCUGACAGGCUUGCACAAGAUGGUGGUGAAUGGUGUAGAAGUGAUAAUCGAACAAUACCCAUACUUAGCGCAAGUGGUAAUAGAUCAGACGAUCUCGUGCGGCGGCGCAAUCAUAAGCCACAGAGUCAUCGCCACCGCUGGCCACUGCGUCUAUGACAUAGAUCAAGAAACAAUGACAUCGGCUAUUGAUAUGGAUGUCUACCUAGGGUCAAGUUAUACAAUGCAAGGAACUCACUAUGAUGUAUGUAAAGUAUUGAAACAUCCGAAAUAUGGAAACGCGAAGCAAUAUUAUUACUACGAUAUAGCUCUUUUACUGUUAUCAAAGGCUAUUAAGCUUAGUAGAAAAGUUCAAAUCGCUACUAUAGCUCCUAAUCAUAAGUGGCGAAAUGUGAAACACACGAUGAAUAUUGCUGGAUUUGGUUACAUUUAUAAUACAGAGGAUUUACCCAAUCAAAUGUACGCGACACGAAUGCACUACGUCGACGCGAAAAUUUGCAGUAUAUCUCAAACUGGUGAGGGAGAUUAUAUGCCGGUGCCCGAACAUAUGUUUUGCAUGAUCGGCUCUACCUUUACUAGUGACUGUUUUGGUGACUCCGGCUCUCCUAUCACCUGGAGAAUGUACAUAGUAGGAUUAGUUUCGCAUGGUCGAGAUAACUCAUGUGGUUCAGAAGCAAUGCCUUCCUUGUACACUGAUCUAACGUACUUUAAAAGCUGGAUAAUGGAAAAAGUGAAACAGUUAGAAUCAACACCUAAAGCAAUAUGUGACGAGGAGAAAAGACAAAAACAAAUAAAAGAGAAGCAAAGACGUGAGAAAGAAAAAGAAAAUAAAAGAAAACAAUCCACAGCAAAAUUAAUGAAAUUAAUACCUAUAAUUAAAAACACAAAUACAAGUCAAAUUUUUUCUGAGGCUUGGCCAAUAUUUAGACCUCCAUUCAGUUAA